AUGUCGCGACUACUCCCCAAGAAGAACAACCCGCUGAUCCUCACGGACGCGGCUCCGUCCUAUGAGGAUCUUCUUUCGCGCCGCCGUCUUGGCAAGACCAAUCUCAUGGUCAAGCCCACCCAAAUUGGCACCUCUAACGCGACCAAGCCCGAAAACCUGGGCGUCUUCGAGUACGCCCACCUUCGAGCACCUCUGCCCAGGGACUUGCAGGGCUCGGAGAUUUUCCCAUCACACACGCCCGCACAGCACCCAGAGACUUACUUUUUGAUGCGGAGGAGUAAGGAUGGUUUUGUCAGCGCCACGGGAAUGUUUAAAAUCGCAUUUCCUUGGGCCAAGACUGAAGAGGAGAAGAAUGAGAGAGAGUACCUGAAGUCGCGCGAGCACACCAGCCAAGAGGAAGUGGCUGGCAAUGUAUGGAUCUCACCUGAAUUUGCGCUGGAGCUUUCCAGAGAAUACAAGAUGUAUGAUUGGGUCCGUGCCUUGUUGGACCCUACCGAUAUUGUCCAGAGCCCCACGAGCGCAAAGAAGCAAAUCACUCCUCCACCAAAGUUCGAACUGCCCAUGGAUGAGCCAUCCUCGUCACGCCGGAGCCGCCGGUCCGUCUCACCGAGCAAGAAGUCUACUUCUCCUCGCAAGUCCCGCACAGUCCGCUCGGCCAAGGACGUUCUUAGCACCCCCUCCACAGCCGCCGCGAACAGCAACCUCCAGGAAGCUCUGGACAUUACCGCUUCAAUGGAGGCCUCAGCCAACAGCCCCAUUCGUCCUGUUGCGGUCGAUGACGUCGAAGUGAAGGAAGCCCCGGUGCAAGCAUCACCGGAGAAGAAGAAGGGACGCAAGUCCAAGAAGGCCGCCGCGGAGACCGAAGAGGACAAGGAGGAGGAGGAAGAGCAGAAGGAGAAGAAGAAGAGCGAGAAGAAGGAAAAGAAGAAGACUGAAAAGACUGAGAAGAAGAAGAAGGACUUGAAGGAAGAGAUGGCGGUUGAAGUCACAGAAACUGCUCUGGCUACAGAGGACUCCACAAAGACCACGCUGACUCUGGAUAUGCCCAUCAAUCUUCCGGAGGUACCAUCCGCCGCCGAGACCGAGGAAAUGAUCGCCAAGGCCAAGGAGAUGGUCGAGGAGGCCAUCAAGAGCCAGGCUGAGGGCUCAGUGGCUGGACCUUCAUCUGUCACGGUGACCAAGAAGCGCAAGCCCGAGGAAGACGAUGAGGAGACCGCUGCCGAGGCUUCUCAACGAGCCAAGAAGGCCAAGGUCCUCGAGGAGAAGCUGAAGCGCGAGCGGGUGCGCAACCGCGCUCUCUUUGGUGUCUCGGCAGCCUUUGCUCUUGCUGCAACCAUUCCUUAUUUCUUCUAG